CUAGGGCUUGUGAUGAAGUCAGUUAACCACAGCCUUCAACAUGCUCUGCUCUGGAGGCAGCAGUGGCUUCUUGGUGGUAUCUCGGCCAUGACAUCCACUUGACAUGCCCUCUCUUAACCCACUGGUAGACAGUUUCUCUUGCCCUGCAGCAUGGACCAAAGAGAAAUUCUGCAGAAGUUCCUGGAUGAGGCCCAAAACAAGAAAUCUAACAAAGAGGAGUUUGCCAAUGAAUUUCUGUGGCUGAAAAGACAAUCCACUAAGUACAAGGCAGACAAAACCUAUCCUACAACUGUGGCUGAGAGACCCAAGAAUAUCAAGAAAAACAGAUACAAGGAUAUCUUGCCCUAUGAUCAUAGCUUAGUAGAGCUGUCUCUGAUAACCUCAGAUGAAGAUUCCAACUACAUCAAUGCCAACUUCAUUAAGGGAGUUUAUGGACCCAAAGCUUAUAUAGCCACCCAGGGACCUUUGUCUACAACUCUCCUGGACUUCUGGAGGAUGAUUUGGGAAUACAGUGUCCUGAUCAUUGUUAUGGCGUGCAUGGAGUUUGAGAUGGGGAAGAAAAAGUGUGAGCGCUACUGGACUGAGCCAGGAGAGCUACAACUGCAAGUUGGUCCUUUCUCCAUAUCCUGUGAAGCUGAAAAUAGAAAAUCUGAUUACAUAAUCAGGACUCUAAAAGCCAAGUUCAAUAGUGAAACUCGAACUCUCUACCAGUUUCAUUACAGGAAUUGGCCAGACCAUGAUGUGCCUUCAUCCAUAGACCCUAUUCUUGAGCUCAUCUGGGAUAUGCGUUCUUACCAAGAGGAUGACCAUGUUCCCGUGUGCAUUCAUUGCAGUGCCGGUUGUGGAAGGACUGGUGUUAUCUGCGCUAUCGAUUAUACCUGGAUGUUGCUAAAAGACGGGAUCAUUCCUGAGAACUUCAGUGUUUUUAGUUUGAUCCAGGAAAUGCGAACACAAAGGCCUUCAUUUGUUCAAACUCAGGAACAGUAUGAACUGGUCUACAAGGCUGUAUUAGAACUAUUUAAGAGACAGAUGGAUGUCAUCAGGGGUAAAAAGUCAGGAACAGAGAUUCAAGCAAAGUAUUCAGUUCUUGAGCAAAAUCCCACCCUAGAAGCAGAGUCUUAUUCUAAUUUACCAAACAGUGGCAUAAAAGAAGCAAAAACGGUGAAGCAACAGAAUAAACAAAAGAUAAGGCUGAAAAGUGCAGACGCUUCCUCCUUUGGCCUCAGGACUCCUGAAAUAAGUGAAAAGGAAGGGUUAGUUUUACACCCUGCUGAACAGAGCAGUUCGUUUGACAUUUUGGAACUAAAUUGUAGUUGUAACAAAAAUGCUGACACAACCGUGAAAUGGGAGCCAAAGGCAUUUCCAAUAGUUGGGGAGCCUCUUCAGAAACAUCAGAGUCUAGACUGGAGCCCCGUUUUGUUUAAUUCCAAACCUGCAAAUGUAGCAGGGGGAUAUUUCAACUCAAAGGGGCCGAUAACGCGGACCAAAUCAACUUCCUUUGAACUGAUGCAGCAAAGAGACACCAAGGAGCUGGAUAUCAAGGAGAAUGUUUUGUGUUUGGAACCUCAACCGCACAACUCUCCUCUUGGGCGGGCUCAAAAAGCGAUGCACGUUUCUUCAGCAGAACUGAAUUAUUCACUGCCAUCUGACUCUCGGCGCCAAACGGGCAAUGCCUCUGAUGCAAAGCAGCAGGACUCUAGUGCUGUUCAGGUGCAUUCUUACAUGUCCUUGGAAGAUCCUUUUUUUUCAUCAUUGUCACCAAGUAGCACUGGUUCUAAGAUGUCUCUUGAUUUACCUGAGAGGCCAGAUGGAACCGCUUUACCUCGUUCUCCACUGCCCGCGUCCUCCACAACCCUCUUCUCUUGCUACAAUUCACAUAAUUCUUUAGCACUGAGUUCUCCAACUGGUCACCCUCCACCCCUGGACCAAGAGACAGCAGUAGUCGCAACUUCUCCAAGGAUAGAUGAUGACAUUCCCCCUCCACUUCCGGAACGGACACCUGAGUCUUUUAUUGUGGUGGAGGAAGCCGGAGAAUUUCCACGGACUGUUCCCAAAUCCUUAUCUUCAGCUGUGAAGAGUGUAAAACUGCGGAGUCCCCAGUCAGAUCUACAUCAAGAUCGGUCUUCUCCUCCCCCACCUCCACUCCCUGAAAGAACCCUGGAGUCCUUCCUUCUUGCUGACGAAGAUUGUAUGCAGGCUCAGUCUAUACGGACCUAUUCUACUAGCUGUCCUAACACCAUGGAAAAUUCAACAUCUUCAAAGCAGACAUUGAAGACUCCUGGAAAAAGUUUCACAAGGACUAAGAGCUUGAAAAUUUUGAGAAACAUGAAAAAGUGUGUCUCUAAUUCUUCUCCAGCAAACAAGCCUGCAGACUCUGUUCAGUCAAAUCGCUCCAGCUCCUUUCUGAAUUUUGGGUUUGCAAAUCGUUUUUCAAAACCCAAAGGACCAAGGAAACCACCAGCGACUUGGAAUAUUUAACACAACUUUGGAAUAUAGCUGCAAGUGCAUCUGGAAAUAAAACUACUGGAAUACUGCUAGCUAAAAUAAGUGUUCCAUAUUUAUAAUUUCAACAAUGAAGACCCUGUAAUGUUUAAUAGCAAUAUUAGAAAAGCCAUAUUCAAAGACGUGCCAGAAGUUUUACAUUUUCAUCUCAUUUGCAUUGGGUUGGAAACUGGAAAUAAGUUUGUCACUUGGGAUUAUGUAGAGAAUGCUGGAUGCGAAAGUUUUAGAAUGGACUUAUUUUUCAUUUUGGAAGUUAUUUUUAUUCUACUUAAGUAGAAACUUCAAAAUAUUUGUAAGAAUUGGAUCUCAACUGAAUGUCUACAUUGCCAGAUUUUACAAUAGCAAGUGUUUCACAAAAUCUGACUUGUGGUUGUGGCACAAAAUGAUACAAAAUGACUGCUUGUGACAAUGACUAUUCCCUGGGAGUUAUUUUUGCCUAAAUGGAGUAUACCUUGCGCAUCUUCCCAAAGGUGGAAAACCAGAGUAGUAAGAAAAGGAAACGUUAUAAUUAAGAGAAUAAAUAAUAAUGAAAAUAAUUUCAUAUCAUAUUUCAAUAAUGAAAAUAAUAAAAGAAUAAUGAAAAUCA